AUGGCUGCUUUCAACAAGGCUAACGGUAUUUACAGCGCCAAGCUUGGCCUGUACAUGUACGCUCUGGCUCUUCAGAUGGCCCUUGGCUACUGUAUGCUUCUGUGCUCCCCCAACAAGCUUAACAUCAGCGCUAUCGUUGCUUCCCGCCAACUCAGUGACAUCAGGGACAUUGGCUUCGACGUUCUCCAGGGUGCUGGUGCUGUUCACGUUGUCUUGGCUGUUCUCACUUUCGGCUUCCUCAUCUUGACGCACUUCGUCACCAUCUGCUUCAAGAUCCCCAUGCUGGUCCUGACCGUCGUCCAGACUGCUUACUGCAGUGCUACUGCCUCCAUUUGCGCCGUCUACUUGCAGAAGGGUAACAGCUUCAUCAACAAGACCUUCCAGAUUUUCGCCAAGACUGUUGUCGGCGUCGUCGACCCGAAGUUGAACGACCUCUUGGUCGAGAACCGCAACUUCCUCUUCCUCAUUGGUCUGCUUUCUGUGAUUGCGGCCUCCCUCUUCCACAAGGCCCAGAUGGUCAAGGGUACCGACAGCGCCACUCAGGUUAUGGUUGUUGUUCCCUCCAUCAGUCUCGGUUUGGGUAUUGCCUUCGCUCUUUGCGCUCCUUGCUGCGGCUACAGGACCUUCAGCUUGGGUCUCCUCUGGUCUUUGACCUGCAUUGUCGGUGAUGUCAUCAGCUCUGUCAGCAGGUUCUUCUGCUUCAAGCCCCUCAAGAUUAUCAUGUUGGCUGUUCACGCGCUCAUUGUCCUCCUCUCCGUCGUCACCAUUGGUGUCUGCACCACCAUCUACACUGGUGGCAAGAUUGACUACUCCGGAUACCUUGCCAUCCUUCACGGUGAGGUCCAGAAGCUCGGCGACACCGGUCACGCCCUUGCCAACUACCAGAACGUCACCAGCUACUUGCAGAAGAUCACCGACUCUUACUCCGACGAGACCCUCAACUUGUUGAUGGGCAACGGUGUUUACUUCAUUGUCAUCGUCGUUCUGUCCAUCGUCUGCCUGCUCUUCGGCAUUCUCUCGCUGUUGUACUCUGUCUUCAGGUUUUUCGACAGGUCUCGUGACUCCGUCGAGUCCGACGCUGCCAACACACAGGGCAUGAAGAUCGUCGUCUCUUAA